CUGCCCCGGAGUCCUUGGCCAUGUCCCUGGUGGAGACCAUCCGCCUCUGGAGCGAGGGUGUAUCUGCGGCAGAUCGCAAAGACUGGGCAGGAGCCCUGGCCGCCUUCACUGCGGUUCAGAAGCCUUCUUCCAAAAUCUGCUUUAACAUCGGCUGCAUCCACCUGAUCAUGGGGAAUUUGGAGGAGGCCCAGCAGGCUCUUACCAGAAGCAUUAACAAUGACAAACACUUAGCAGUGGCCUACUUCCACCGAGGAUCUGUGGCUUACCAGAUGGAAAUGUAUGAGUCAGCCAUUAAUGACUUGAAAGAGGCAUUUGCUCAGCUGCGAGGGAACAACCUAAUAGACUACAAGAUCCUUGGCCUGCAGUUUAGGUUGUUUGCCUGUGAGGUGUUAUACAACAUAGCCCUUGCCCAUUCCAAGCUGGAGGAGUGGAAGAAGGCUGAGGAGCAUCUGGCAAGGGCAAUGAAACUGAAGAGCGAACCCCGUCACAACAAAAUCGACAGGGCCAUGGAAUCCAUCCUGAAGCAAAGAUUGUUUCAGCCCUUUGUGAUCCCUGAAGGGAAGUUGUUUCGGCCAAAUGAGAAGCAAGUGGCGCAGCUGGAGAAGAAAGAUUACUUAGGGAAAUCUAUGGUUGUGGCUUCUGUGGUUGACAAUGAUGAGUUUUCAGGCUUUGCGCCUCUUCAGCCCCAGACAUCAGAACCACCUCCCAGACCAAAAUCACCAGAAGCCCUCAGGGCCCUGCAAGGAGAACCUCACAGAGUCCUGUACGAAUUCAUACCAGAAACAGCAGCGGAACUUGAAGUCCUUCCUGGAAACAUUGUUUUUGUCUUGAAGAAGGCGAAAGACAACUGGGCUACUGUUGUCUUUAAUGGGAAGCAAGGGAUCAUACCCUGCAACUUCCUAGAGCCAAUGGAAAUGAAAUUCUCUUCAAGGCAGCAAGGAAUUGGUGCAGAUGUUGACAUCCCUCCUCCACCCAGCUUUGCUGCCCCAGAUUGCCUUGAGAGGUGUCCCUCAGAUGAGAAAAUAGCACCACAGUUCGUUGGCCUGGACACCCCCUACAUUGUCAAGGUGCAUUACAAAUACACGAUAGCCCUGCAAGGGAGCCCCGAGGUGUCUUACUGCAACCUCUUGGAGAAAGUGUGCCUGAAGCUGGGACUCUCACCCCAGCACACGAAACUGAGCUACCGACCUACAGACAGCAAGGAACUGGUGCUGCUCAGUGAGGAUAGCAGGAUGGAGACCAUGUGGAGUCAUGCCAAGGACAAUUGCCUGACAUUAUGGUGCAGCAGCGAGCAGGCAGGCAAAGACGAUCUAAAUAUGGAAGAUGGAAAGGAGGCUGAGCAGAAGAUAACAAAACAGACAGAUGCCAAACAGGUUGUAGCACGGUAUACUUAUGAAGCCUGCCAGCCAGAGGACUUGGAAUUCCAACAGGGGGAGACAAUACUUGUUCUGGCUAAAGUGAAUGAUGAGUGGCUGGAAGGGGAGUGCAAUGGAAAAGUUGGCAUUUUCCCCAAAGCCUUUGUUGAAGAAGACAGCAGCCAAGACCCCAAAUCUUUUUCUACAGUGUAACAAGCUCAAAACCCUACAAAGAACCGAGAGGACCCCAAUGUGUUUUCCUCUGAAGGCAACUCAUCCCAUUAUAAGACAUUUAAUCCAUGUUCGCUGAAUCUUCUAGGGAUUGAUUUAUCUUAUUUUUUGAAUUUUAUAUUCUGCUUAAAUGAGUAUCCACUGAGGUCUGCACUGGGUUUUUUAACCCAUCUCCUAGCUAAAGCAUGAGCCAAAUUGGUUAUGUGAAAAAACUGUUGGGUUUAUCUUUCUAUGACCAGUCAUAAUAGUUACAGCAAUAGCAGACAACAUGGUUGUCCAUUUCAGUUUCUGGUAGGGGUUCCCAAGUCACAGUCUAUAGAGGACAUGCACACAGCUUUAAAUUCUCUUAAGAUGAAUCACCCUUGCCUUCUGAGGUCUGUUCUGCAUCCUCUUGCUGUUAUAAAGGUAACACCUUAUUUAUCAGGGCACCAUAUUCAAGAUGAAACAAAAUAUGCGGGAGAAGCUACAAGGCCUCUCAUGUCCUGCGACAGAAGAGUUUUGGUUGUUUUUCUUAACUGCACGUGUGUCUCUGGGAUACAACCUGGGAAUCCUAGUUAACAGACUUGAAAAGUUGGUUUGCAAGAAUUCAGCUUCCAGGUGAUUAAUAAUCAGCGGUUCAGUUACUCUGCAAUGCCUUUCCAGAAUGAUAGCUACAUUUUGAAAUGCUUAAUAAAUCCCUGAAAGGCAAUACAGCUCUCAGUAACUUUUAGAUGUCUGAAGUUUCCACAAAAAGCUGCAGUUCUGUCAUUUUCUCAAUAAAACUGCAUUGUUCUUUA